AUGAGCUUUGAUGAUGGAGUUGAAGAGGAGAAUGUUGGGGUUAUGGGUAUGGUCGAAGAUGAGAGUGGCAUAAGGGGUUUGUUGAAGAGAGGCGCAGACGGUGACGAAAUGGGAGAGGAUUUGGUUGGAUUGGUGGAGGCCAUGGCGGAGGAAGUGGGCGUGGAUUUGUGGAAGAUCACUUUGGGUUUUGGUCUUGUGAAGGAGAUGCAGAAUUUUUCGCUCUAUCUUUUGCAAACCUUUGUUCAUUCCCAUUCUAAUUACACCUCUAGAACCAACAAAAGCGAUCCCAAAAUCAGAAUGAGGAGUGAUUCUCUGGAAUGCUUCACCACUCAUUAUAUUCCCUCUCUUUUUACUCUCAUUUAA